AUGCCUGUGCGUGAGUGUGAGACAAGGCAUCCCAAAUGCAUCAGGUGCAGCGCCGCCGGCACAACCCGCCCUGCGGCCGGCCGAGAGCGCACCGAGUGCUCCGGCUCCCGGACCAGUCCCCCGACCGCCCAGCCCCGUAGCUUACACCCAGUCCCUGUCCUGCAAGGGAAGGGUCGACCAAGGGGGGAGGCAGCUGCGCCGGAGCUGACAGCCGGGGCUCUCCUCUAUUUCCCUUCGGCGGCGGCAGCAGCCACGGCAGCGGCGGCUGCAACAACAGCGGCGGCAGCAGCUUCAGCAGGGGAGAAAGGCAAAGAAAAUGAGGCGAAGCCAAUGGGCCAGAGUGGCCGCAGCGAGCGCGCCCCCCCCGGACCUCUCCAGCCCCCAGUGCGCCCGGGCGCGCGGCGCCGGCUAGACCGUGCGCCCCUCCCCGGCCCCCCACUCACCGCUGCUGAGCCGUGCGCUCUGGGGUGGGUGUGCGUGCCUGUGGGGCAAAUCACCACCGGCUGCGGCGCCUCCGCCGCGUCCCACGUCAACGCCGAGCCCCCUCCCCUGCGAGGCCCCGGCGCCUCUCCAUCUUUAGUGCUGGCGGCCGAGCGCGGCUCCCUGCCCACAGCUGCCCCCCUUCCUCCCUCCCUCACCCCCCCUCUCCUCCCCGGGCUCAGCCCUCCCACCCCCUGUGCUGGCCGAGCCGGGCGCUCCUCCGCCGUCCCCUCCCUCCCUGCUGCUCUCUCGGCUCCGGGCUUCGCCUGA